AUGUCGCAGUAUACGAAAGAAGUUCGUGAAAUUAUUGAGAAAGAAUUUGCAUGGAAUGUGUUUGGCAUUUACAAAUAUAAUUCCCCAAAAGAUUUCUUUCUUAACUCAGAAGUUUUUAAAUUUGAAGAUACCGACGAAAUAUGGUUCAUCAGAUUAAGCAAGGACCAUAAAGGAUAUUUAACGUUUUCUUUGGAAUAUGAAAAUCUUCCAAGUUGCAUUAGCAAUUUAGAUGUCAAAAUUAUUGACCAUGGAGACGACGAACUCGAUAUUCAAGACGUUUGGUUUUCACCAUCAUCCGCCAAAACCUUUUUUGAUUACGAUAAAUACACCGAAAUGAUGGAAUUUAUGUUUAAAAUUUCUUAUGAAAUUUCGACCACUAAAACGGUGACGGAAGACGAAAUUUCAUCUGAAAAUGAAAACGACGAUAAAAUGGAUUGGGAUUCGAAUGAUGAAUCAUCUGAAAAAUACUACGAAUGGUACGGAACAUUCACGAGUGAUGUCGCAAAGGAUGCAAUAAUCGAAGACGAAGACGAAGAUGGGCCCUUUUACGCAAUCCGCACCCCAAAUCCAGACCAGCCGCCAAACUACUUGAACGCACUAAGAGAUUGGCAGUCUGACAGUCCUUUCUCCCAGACUGCACCCAUCACUGAGCCUGAAGACUUUUUGGAUGAAGAUCACAUUGCACUUAAUUACCACGAUUCUUACUUGAUGGGUAAAAUGCCUUCAUUUUUUGGAAAGGAAUACGAGAAAGUGGCUGCUGAGCUUAUUGAGAUCGAGAGAAAGGAUCAUUUGAUGCGUCACACACAAAGUGCUAUAAAUGCAAUUCCCGAUUUGUUAGACAUCAUCAAUGUUGGAACACCAGACAAGUGGGAAUAUCUACAAAACAUGUGGGUUUAUUAUGAAAAGCCUCAAAUACCAAUUGAGGUUCUCAAUGUAUGGGAAACCGCCUUGUCUGAAAACAUAACUUUAGAUAAUUUCUUUAACAUGCUUAAGUUAGCUAAUAUUUGCAAAUUUAGAAGAUUGCGAGAUUUCAUUGUUGUCGAGUUCAUUUCAAAACAAAAGAAUGAAAAUUUAAUUAACUCAGAAAGUUGGAAGCAAUUGACAUUAGAAGAGAAUCGUAAGAUGUAUAAAGUUAUCGUACACAAGUUGUUGAAAUUGAAAGAAAUGAGAAAGAAUGUUUGUUAA